GAUGGCGACGGCCCCGCUGUACUGCGUCUGCCGGCAGCCGUACGAUGUGAGCCGGUUUAUGAUAGAAUGCGACAUUUGUAAGGACUGGUUUCACGGCAGCUGUGUCCAGGUUGAGGAGCACCAUGCAGUGGACAUUGAUGUUUAUCACUGUCCCAAUUGCGAAAUCCCCCAUGGACCUUCCCUGAUGAAGAAACGGAACAACUGGCACAGGCAUGACUACACAGAGCCGGACGAUGGCAGUAAGCCUGUGCAGGCUGGCACGUUCAUGUUUGUGCAGAAGCUUCAGACCAGGACCUUCGCUAGUUCCGAUGAGAUCCUGACACAGAUGCAUGGAAGUCAGGUGACCCAGCGCUAUCUGGAGAGACACGGCUUCCGCUACCCCAUCGCCGUCACCCAACUGGACGGGCUCGGCCUGCGCCUUCCACCUUCAGACUUCUCAGUCAAGGAUGUGGAACGAUAUGUUGGUGGCCAUAAAGUGAUUGACGUCAUCGAUGUGGCCCGCCAAGCAGACAGCAAGAUGAGACUGAAAGAGUUCGUCAAGUAUUACUACAGUCCUCAGCGGCCCAAAGUCCUCAAUGUCAUUAGCCUUGAGUUUUCUGACACCAAGAUGUCAGACCUGGUAGUGGUGCCAGACAUUGCACAGAAGAUGUCUUGGGUGGAAAACUACUGGCCUGAUGACUCGUAUUUCCCUAAACCCUUCGUGCAGAAGUACUGUCUGAUGAGUGUUAAGGACAGCUACACUGACUUCCACAUCGACUUUGGGGGCACAUCCGUGUGGUACCAUGUGCUGUGGGGGGAGAAGAUUUUUUACUUGAUUAAGCCAUCCCCAACCAACCUUGCACUGUACGAGGAGUGGAGCUCGUCUCCAAACCAGAGUGAAAUGUUCUUUGGGGAGAAAGUGGACAAGUGCUACAAGUGUGUUGUCCGGCAAGGAACUACCCUUUUCAUCCCCACAGGAUGGAUCCAUGCAGUUCUGACCUCGCAGGAUUGCAUGGCAUUUGGAGGAAACUUUCUCCAUAACCUUAACAUCAGCAUGCAGCUCAGGUGUUACGAGAUGGAGCGUAGGCUAAAGACUCCUGACCUCUUUAAGUUCCCAUAUUUUGAGGCUAUAUGCUGGUAUGUGGCUAAGAACCUGCUGGAGACCCUCAAAGAACUGCGAGAAGAUAAUUGUCUUCCUCCAGAAUACCUGAUAAAGGGAGUGAAAGCUUUAAUCACUGCACUGAAGCACUGGUUAAGGAGAGAGGUCACCGAACCAGCCAGUGAGGUCCCUGAUCAUAUCAGACCCAACCACCUCAUUAAGGAGCUCACUAAGGAAAUUCGCCUUUUAGAGGAGGAGCAGAGUGGGAGUGGUGGAAACAAGCCAAUGAAAACUCAGGGAAGCUUAGCAUGUCUAUCUACGAGGUCAUCGCAUGAGAGGGGGCUCCAGGCCCCCAGGAACGGCAGGCGGCUUCGGCAUCACCACCACCAUCGUGACUCACAUGCACCUAAGGCUCCAUCCAACCUGGACAUCUUUGAACAGCAUACCCAAGAGGUUCUUAAGAGGCUGGAGAUAGACCCCUUUGAAGAGGACUCAUCCUUCAGCCCGAAGGUGAACUUCAACAAACUGUCCACGGCCUCAGCUGCUGCAGCUGAGAGAAGCCUAGACAACCAUUUGCAUCUGGUGCUGUGCAAUGGCCGCAUUGUCAAAGAUGAGAGGUGGCAGGUUCAGGACAAGAACCCACCAGAGAAAGGUGCAGGUGAGCAGAAGAGGUAUGCCUUGAAGGUGAAAAUGGAGGGGACGGAUGAGGAGCAGGAGAAAGAAAGACAUACAGCAGAACAGGAGAAGAAAUCUUCCUUUAGAGACGUGUUUAAGCGGGAGAGCUUGGAUCUUAGGAACAACGAAUUGGAUGCUUCAUCCGACUCUGAAUCCGAGGGCCAUUGUAUUAAGCAGAAAAAGCAUCUGUCAUCUGAAGAAGACUCAGAGAGCUCAUCAAGGGAGGAAGAGGAGGAGGAGGAAGUGGUGAGAAAGGAGAAUGCCCUGUCCAAAAAUAUGACCAGGCAUAACUCUAGCAGCAUGACAAAUUCCAACUACAUCAGCCCACAACUCGAACACCACGAACCUCUGAAAAGAGACCCAUCUACCUCACCAAGUACAGAAGAGGAUGCUAUUCAGGGCAUGCUGUCUAUGGCAGGUCUGCUGUUCCCUCACUCAUCAGAGGAGGGUGCCAACUCCCAGGAGUCCUGGUGGUCCUGCACCACUCAUCCUUCCCCUGACUACAGUGGGAAGGAGCCGAUAUCAGGAGAGGAGAACCUUGAUUCAGACAGCAACUCCACAGUCAGCAGCCAGGAGGAGCGGCGGGUGCUGAAGCCGCAGCGCAGGGAGGGCCAGAGCCUGCUGGACAGUCAGGGCAGCUGCAGCAGCAGUGAAGCUUGGGGUAGCCAUACUCACUCUCCAGGGCGUGAGGACAGCCCCCCAUCAGGCUACCAGUACUGCGAGACCUCACUCUCCCCACCCCUGCACCCUUCUAAGCGGCUUGCCCCCAACCCCCCACCAAUCAGCAACCAGGCCACCAAAGGUAAGCGCCCGAAGAAAGGCAUGGCUACGGCGAAGCAAAGACUGGGGAAGAUCCUCAAGCUCAACAGACGUAAACCCUUCUUUGUGUAGUACUGAAGGUGGCAGCGUCCUCAGACGGACGUUUUCCCUGCGUUAGGUGACGGUAUUUAAAGAGCACAGUUCUACACACUGAAUCCAUCCACAGCACAGCAUUGGCUGCCAUCAGUCUUCAGCUGGUAGCGGAGAAUAUUAAGAGCUUGUGGAUGUCACCUAAGAAGAAGAAAUCUUCGCUAACUUGGAAUCUAGCAUUUCUCACUGAAUGUGUUCUGAAGACAGGAAAACUGAAGAGGAGAUGGAUCCUGGAUUUAAUUUGACCAUAGGGUUCUAGAUUUAAAGUUUCUUGCCAUCUUUCCCACCGGAGGCAGUGCCAUGAAGAAGGUUCAUCUGUAUCCAUCACGCCACAUUCCAGCGUCAUGCGUUCAAUGACGUCUUGUGUGAAAACUGUGCCACUAAUGGCGCACGAGCGAUGAGUGGAUUGGCUAAAUGGUGCUAGAGGUGUAUGUGCACUUGCUGUGUACAAGGCCAAUCUCAGUGCGGAGAAAGGAAAGUAGCCCUCAUCUUCCUCAUUUCUCUUUCAACAUUAUUCAUUUCUUCAAAUGAACUCCUUCACCCUCGUCUCCUUCAGGAUUGAAGCCUCCAGGAGAACUUUUUUUUUUUUUUUUCCUAUUUUCAAGCUACCUGGACCUCCAUCCUCAGAUCAGGGACAGGGAUGGAUCUUGUUCUCACGUUUUAGACGAAUUUAAAGUAUUUUUGUUAGCAUUUUUUACACCCAUGGAUCCCCUUUUUUUGCGUUUCAGUGAACGGUCAGGAGGCGCCCCCUGGUGGUUAAAAAGCAUAUCAUGGGGAUAAACGUGUCAUGUACUGUUGAAUUGUCACGUGGAGCUGAAUAAUGAGACAUUUUUAUCUUAAUUUAUUCCUUUUUUUUUUUACAUUUUUGGUGCUUUUCAUUUUUUUCUAUUCAUAAUGCUUGUUAAAUUGUAUAUUUAUUACUGUUGAGUGAACACAUUUUAUUUUAAUAUGAUUUUUUAUGGUGCUCUUGUUUAAUGGGUUUGCUUGUUUCACAGUGCAAACACACUGUUGAGAAAGAGGAGCAUUGUUUGACAUAAUCUCAUAAACCUAAUGAGUUCAUCCACUUCUUACAGUAUGUUAGUAUUACAGUCUUAGAAGAUGGAUUGCGGAGUAAAUUUAAAUAAUGGGUGCCCAUGUGGUUCCAUUACAGUGGCAUUUAGCUUCAUGUAAGCCCACCUUAUCACAGAAUCGAAAACAAUGCUGAUGUCCUUUUAAGGAAUGUUAACAUUGCUGCUAAAUUGACCGUGUCAACUGUCUAUACGUGCUCUCGUGAUCAUUUUGAGGAAUUAAGUAUUCACCACAAAUGCCAUAUAAGAUUUGCUGCCUCAACAAGAUAGAAAGAAUUGAAACACUGUUUGAAUUGGUGCUGAAUAUUGUAAAAUAAUAAUAACAAUAAUGACCUUUUUUCUUUUAAGAAUUGGUAUAGUAAUGAUGGGGGGAGGUUGACUUGUGUUGUAUUGUAUUUGGCUAUUUCCUCAUGUUUUUACAAAGAAUUGAAAGAGUAUUUAUUUUUCUAAGACACAUCUUAAUCUGUGUAGAGAGAGGUUUUGCAACUGUACCAACAGUGUGUACAACAGUGUGUACAACAGUGUGUACAAUGUGUAUGGGUUUUGUUUGAAUUGUAGCCAUGGCUUCACAUAUUGUGACACAGUAGGCCCGGUGUGAGUGCAUGUGUUUUGACAGAAUUUGCUCUGGUUCUGUUUAGUCUGAACAAGCUCAGGUAAUUUUCAGGCUAGAGCUCAAGGAUUUGGUCCCUUUUGAUUGCCAAAUAACAUUAUGACUUUCAUCUUAAAGUUCAAGUCUAUUCUUUUAGAUUGUGGUGUCCCUCAGGGAUCCACCUUCAGCCCUGUAAAUGUCAACAGCACCAGCAGCAAAAUGAGCCAAUGUUGUUAUAAUUUUUUUUUCUUUUUCUUUUCAGGUGUUCAGGUUAAUUUAAGAUACAGGAUACAGUCUUCCCACUCUCACAAUUUCAGUCUUGAUAUUACUCACUGUUUUCUAAGGGUAGUUCAGGUUAGUAUUUUGUCAGGAAACUCAAAAACAGUAUCUUCUUCAGGUAAUAAAACACUUUCCCCAGGCUUCCAGAUGCUUUUCCUGUCAAAGUGAACUUACUUCACAGCUUAAUGAGGUACGAUGAUAAACGCUCAGGGCUCAUGUGACUGUUUUAACGGACAACUUUUGAUAUUUACUGUUUCUAAGGACUUUUGGGGGGGGGGGGGGGGGGCUUUUGGUCAAAUCUGGAAGGGCAAGUUUUGAUGUUCUGACUUUGUUUUUAUCAUGUUUGAUUGGAGGUCCUUUUUCCUAAAUGUCAGCUUGCUUGCACUAACAAAAAAGGUUGUACAAAGAAAGGGUUUCCCAAAGGGUUUUGCACACAGUUGAGACACAUCUAUCAUUUAUAAACAUGCCUUCCUCUAAUCCUCCUGAAGAACCUGAGUAGCUGGAUCAGGUCUGUUUAGUUCUGGAACUACACUGCAUCUCCAGGAGCAGCAGAUUGGAAACCUCCAUCACAAGGAGAUGGAAAUAAGCUGUAGGACUAUCCAGAACUAUUUACAGCAAAUUUGACUGGGGCUUUAACUUUGUCUGAAUUAUAUGUCCUUAUUAACAUAUCCUCAUUUAUUAUGGUGCUAUUUUGUGUAACAAGUACUCAGUAUGGCCAAAGCGCAUAUUAUUAUACUGUUGGGAUGAUGUUGGUGAAAAACAUUUAAUUGCAUUUUGUUUGAUGGUCAGAUGGAACGUACCAUUUUCUUCUGCACUAACCAAGCCCUGCACGGCUGUGUUCCAAACACUACUCUGUUCCACGUUCAUAACCCUCCCUGCAAACGUCAGUGUCUCAGUAACGUUACUGGCCUGCAGGCGGGGUUUGUAUCAUGCAGUACUUGUACAGUAUUUAUUUGGCAUUCUCAGUUUUAUUUCUCCUUUCUUCUGCUCAGUUUUACGCAGGACGGAAGUGUCGUUGGUCAUAGUGUGUGCUUUUCUAGUUUGGAUGCUCUGAAUUUUGACUUUUUGGUUUAUCUAAUUUUGUGUCGGCUAUUUCUUGUCACACUGUAAUAAAUUGCAAUGGGUCUUUGAAUAGGAAACUUCAGUUGUACAAUGUGGCCUGUACAUAUUAAAAGAUUUAUGAGUAAA